ACGGCCUAUGUGACGAGCGGUCCGCUGCGAAUUCCAUCCGCUGGACAUCGACAGCCGGGAGGGGGGGGGGGGGCCUUAUCCGGAGGACGCCUUCUCUCGCUCUGCUCCUCUCUCUCUCUCUUUGAGCAUCACGAAUCUCAAACUACUCAACGCGAUUGUCAGCCGAAGCGAUAGGCGCCGUGAAUGUCCGCAGAGUUGCCGCGGCUGUCGAGAGCGAUCGAGAGGCUAUCGUCAUCAUCAUCACCAGCACCAUUACAACCGUCGUCUUUCUCGUGUUGGGCAGCAUCAGCAUGCCAGCGCUGAUCCUGCUGUGUCUGCUACUGGCCGCGGUGAACGUGCUGGCAGACCCGUUCCAGAUCCGCAACGCCAAGAGCCCCGACUGCCUGUCCACGGCCGCGGGCUCCCCGCGUCUCUGGAUGUCGAAGUGCGACGAGCGGCUGCCCGGCCAGCGGUGGCUGUGGCUACCCGGGGGUCGCCUGCGCAGCCACGCGGAGGGCUCCUGCCUGGGGUACAGCGGCUCCCGCUUCCACCUGGGCCAGCUCGCCAGCCUGGUGAGUUGCCGGCACGCCCCCGGAUGGGCGUGUGUGACGCGCGACCGUGACGCGGACCUCCUGGCGGUGCGCGACCGCUCGCUGCUGCUCAGCAAGCAGGGCACGUGGGUCGUGGUGCGACACUUCGAGCGCAAGUACCCGAGCUCGUGGCGGCGCGCAGAGACCGGGCGAAGCCUCGCCUCGCUCUGCGCAGAGCCACGGCCAACAUACGAGGAGGAGGAGGAGGUUGAACUCCAGGUCAGGGCCAAGUACAAGGUGGCCCUGCCCAGCGACGAGGCCGAGCUGAGCAGCAACGAGACGAGCAUGCAGAGAACGCAACCCAUCCCUAUCACCACCGCAGCCGCCUCCCCGACAACAACCACAACUCCAACAACAACCGCAACAACUACAACACCACCACCACCACCAACAACAACCACCACGGCCACAACCACGGCCGCGUCGACCCCAACGCCCCAGCCCGACUGCGGCGUCCACCACCUGACCGCGGAUGUCUUCCUGCGCGGCGCGCUGCUUACGUGGUCGGCGGUCAGCCCCGGCUGCUCCUUCACCGCCCGCUACGUUGGGGAGGAUGGGUUCGACUCUCAGCUGGCCGACUGCGAUGCAGGAGGAGGAGGUGGAAAAGGUGGAGCAGGAGGAGGAAGAGAGGCUGCAGCAGCAUCGUCUGCUGCUGCCGCUGGCGCUGUCCCCAUGUAUUCGUGCCCUCUGAGUGACCUGCGACCGGGCAGCGCCUACAGAGUGGACGUGCGUCCCGCACGAGGUGUCGGCAGCGCCGCCAGUCUGCCCAUCCGCACCGUGCCCGAAGCCGUAUCUCGGCUGCACGUCCUGCGCGACGCGACGACGGAACGCAGCCUCACGGUGUCGUGGCUCCCGCCGCCCGGCGCCGCCCACAGCUACGAGGUGCUCGCCGAGGCCAAGGAGCCCAACGGGCCCCCCGGCCGGGCCGUCGCCGAGGUGGUGGAGGCCGCCGCGACCAACGCCGCCGCCGCCGCCCUGCCGCUGACGGCCACCGUGGGCCGUCUGAGCCCGGGCACCAGAUAUGAGGUGUCCGUGCGGGCGCAAGCCGGGGACCGCCAGGGAGCGUGGGCGCGCGUCGAGGCCACCACGUUGCCCGCCCCCGUGCGGUCCCUCCGCGUGACGGCGGGCCCCGGCGGCCCGGGCACGGCCCUCGUCUCGUGGGAGGCCCCCGAUGGCCGCGCGGACGCCCUGGUGGUGCGAGCAGCCGCGGCGACGGCCCCCUUCCCGGCGGGGGGGUCGGGCCCCUCGCGGGACAGCCCCUCGCUGCCACCGUCGACGCGCCAGUGGGCCCUGCGCGACGUCACGCCGGGCCGGGCCUACGCCGUGUCGGUGCGCUCCGUGCUGGGCAGCGGUGGCGGCGUGCACAGCGAGGCGGUGGUCACGUACCGCGCAGAUCCGGCGCCCGUCCCGUGGCUCGCCGUGACCGGAGGCCCCUCGCCGGGCGAGCUGAGCGUGAGUUGGACCGCGACCCCCGGCGACGCCGACCGCUACGACGUCGUUGUGCGGCCGGCGACCCCGGACGAAGCCGAGGCCGGCGCGGCGGCGGUGGCGGCGGCGGUGCCGUCCUCGCCGGCUCCGCCGCUGCGCUCGCUGUCCGUGCCGGCGACGGCCGUCGGCGACCUCGGCUGCCGGUUCCGGGACCUCGAGCCGGGCCGCGAGUACGCGGUGACGGUGAGCGUCGUGAGCGGAGACGCCAGCGUCGGCAGCGUCGGCAGAGGCAGCGCAGCGCCGGCCCCCGCGAGCGACCUGGCCGUGAACUCCUCGAGCCGCGAGGCCUCCGUCUCGUGGCUGGCCGCCCGCGGCCGCGCCUCCCGCUGCGAGCUGAGCCUGCUGUCCUGCGGCCAGCGGCGAGCUCCUCUCCAGCCACGCCGUGCCCUGCCGGCGGCCCCCGGGCGGGAAGGACGGGACGGAGGAGGCGGGACGGCUGCGGUUCACGGUGCCCGGCGUGUACCCGGGACGGGCGUACCGCGUGUGCGUGGACACGCACGCCCGGGGACAGAUGGCGAGGGCCUGCGAGGAGACGCGCGCCGUUCCGCUGGCUGUCUCCGACCUCCGCGUGCACAACGUGAGCAUGAGCGGCGUGAGCAUCGCGUGGAUGCGGCCCCCCUCCGACCUGGACACGUACCGCGUCCUCUUGCACGCGCCCGAGGCCCAAGCGGACCUCCGGCCAGCACCAGAACGCCUCCUGCCGAGCCUCGAGGCCUUCCGCCGGCACGUGACAGCCCCGAGUCGGGACGUCCGGACCUCCAAUCGGAACGUCAGGACCAUCAGCCGCGGCGCCGAGAUGUCCGUCUGCAGCGUCCAGACCUCCGGCAAGGACGUCCAGAUGUCCAGCAAGGACGUUCAGACCUCCAACAAGGACGUCCAGACCUCCAGCAAGGACAUCCAGACCUCCAUGCGGUACGUCAAGACGUCCGGCAAGGACGUGAAGAUGUCCAGCAAGGGCAUCAAGAAGUCCAGCCAGAACGCCGAGACCUCCACGAGCGGACGUUGCCCCGAGAAGCCACGGAGACGGUGUUCCACAACCUCACAGCGGGCCGCCUCUACCUCAUCCUCGUCUUCACCAUCAGCGGCAACCUCAGCAGCUUCUCAUCCGUGUCGGCCAGGACCCUGCCGUCCCCGGUGCCGGACCUGCGGGCGGACAACGGCGGGGCGGUGGACUCGCUGCGCGUGAGCUGGGGCCCGCCGGCGGGCGACGUGGACGGCCUGCGCGUCUCCCUGCUGCGCGGGAAGUCGCUGGUGACGGAGGCGUCGCUGCCGCCGGGGGCGCGGGAGCACUCCUUCGGGGGGCUCGUGCCGGGGGGCCGCUACCUGGUGCAGGUGGCGGCGCUCAGCGGGGGCCGCGCGGCCACCGCCUCCGUGUCGGAGCUCACGGUCCCCGGUAGCGCGGUGGACGUGGCUGCGACCAACGCUGGCCGCGGGGACCUCCUGCGCGUCUCGUGGGCUCCACCCGCGGUCGGGGUCGUAGACCGGUACCGGCUGACGGUGCGACGCGGCGGGGCUGGCGGUGGCGGCGAGGCCGUCUACAGCCAGGAGCAGCCGCGCUGGGUGACCGAGACGUCCGUGUGGUCGCUGGUGCCCGGCCGCGUCUACACCGUCUCCGUGGAGACGUGCAGCGGGACCUACUGCAACCGCAGCGCCGUGGCGGCGCAGACGCACCCGGCCGCAGUGAUUGGCGUGCGCGUGGCCGAGCGGCGCCAGGACGGCCUGCGCCUGACGUGGACCGCGGCCGCGGGCGACGUCGACCGCUACGCCGUGCGCUGGGAGGCCGUGUCCAAGCGGCCCGGCGCCACCACGCAAGGCGGCGCGAGCCGCGGCGCCGCUCAGCUCGCCAACGACACGACGGAGCUCGAGCUGCGGCAGCUGACGCCGGGAAGCGCCUACUCGGUGACCAUCGAGACCUGGGCUGGCGACGCGCACAGCGACGUCGUCACGGAGGAGCGGACCAUGCCGGCGGAGGUGCGGAACCUGGCGGUGCGCAACCAGAACGAGGGCGGCGCCGGCGCCGGCCUGGUGGCGUCGUGGGUGCGUCCCGCCGGGGACUACGACGACUUCUUGGUGGCGCUGCGUCACGAGGGCGAGGCGGUGCGCAGCGAAACGGUGGCCCGCGACGGCACCGGCUGCACCUUCCGGCGACUGACGCCGGGCCGCCGCUACGCGCUCACCGUGGUCACGCGCAGCGGCCCCUACGACGCUGCCGCCGUGGCCUACGGCAAGACGCAGCCGGCUGCGGUGUCCCGCCUGCGCGUCGAGGAGCGCUCAACGGACCGCCUGCUGCUGCGCUGGGACCCUCCGGCGGGCGACGCCGAUCGGGUCGAGGUGUGGCUGGUGGCGUCGGUGUCGCCCGGCGGCGGCGGUGGCGCCGACCCGGCGAGCCUGCCCAGCUCGUCGGACGGCUACGUGGCGCGCGAGCUGGCGCCGGGGCGCGUCUACAACGCGAGUGUCACCACAUGGAGCGGCCAGGAGCGGCGCACCGCGAGCAUCGCGGCACAGACGGCUCCGGGCUCCGUGCGGGCGCUGGCGGCCGUCGGGCUGGACUCGCGCUCGCUCUCCGUCACGUGGUCCCCGGCGCCGGGCGACGUCACCUCCUACUUGGUGUCGCUGUGGCCUCCGCUCGGGGGCAGCGGCGGCGGGGGUGGGGUCGGUGCCGCCGGGACCGAGCGCAACCUCACGCUGCCGCCCGGCGCCACCAACGCCACCGUGGGGCGGCUGGCGCCGGGCCACGAAUACCGCGUCGCCGUCGCCGCCGUGAGCGGCGCGCUCAGCGGGGAACCCGAGGUCGUCACCGGCAGAACCGUGCCAGGCACAGUGAGCAACCUGGUGGUGGACAACCGCUACUCGACCGACCUUCUCAUGGCUCGCUGGCGCCCGUCGCCCGGCAAGGUGGACGCCUACCUGCUGCGCCUCACCGACGGCAACGGCUCGCUGGUGGUGAACGCGACGGCCGAACCGGGCGACGCCGAAUUCUCCUUCGCGGGUCUCGUGCCGGGCUCGGCGUACCGCGUCGCCGUCACCGCCACCAGCGGCGGAGUGACCAGCGCCCCCGUCUCAGCCGAAGGCAGAACGGUGCCGGCGAGCGUGCCGUCCGUGUUCGCGGACAACGACGGCCGCCCGGCACAGCUGUCGGUGCGGUGGCGUCCGUGCGACGGCUCCGCCGAGCACUACAUGGUGCAGCUGCUCAGCCCCAACGACACACUCAUCACCAGCCAGCUGGUGCCGGCGGCGCGGGACCGGCACGCCUACGGCGACCUCACACCCGGGCGCCUCUACCGCGUGCGCGUCUUCACCGUGAGCGGCGGCCUCUUCAGCUCGCCCGCCACGGCGCAGGCGCGAACGCUGCCAGCGACGGUGACCGGACUACGCUCGACCGGCGCCAACAGCACGGACUCGCUGCGCUUCGCGUGGACGGCCGCGUCUGGAGACCACGACUUCUACGAGAUCCGUCUGCACGGCGCCGACGACAAGGCGCUGCACCAGAGCAAGCUGGGCGCCCCCGCCGUGGAGGGCUGGGACUUUGGCGGGCUGGCGCCUGGGAGGCUCUACACGCUCAGCGUCACCACGUACAGCGCCGAGCUGAUGAGCGAGACGAGCGUGCAGGCGCGCACACUGCCCCGCGCCCCGCUGCGUCUCUCCUUCCCCAACGUGAGCACCAUGGCGGCCGAGCUCCUCGUCGACUACCCGUGGGGCGCCGGCGUCGCCGACCUCUCCGUGGUCGUGCGGCCGAACCACCCCGGCCUGAGCGUGCAGCCGCGGUCGCCGGGCGGCGCCGCCGGCGGUGGAGCGCCGCUCGACGCCCGCCGCUGGCUGGCGGGGCUGGUGCCGGGCCGCGGCUACGCGGUGGCCGUGCGGGCGCUGAGCGGCGGGAUGCUGCCCACGGUCAGCGAGGCCUGCCACGGAUUCGUGCGAACCGUCCCGCUGGGUCCCGCCGGCUUCCACUGCCGCCCGGAGAACUCCACGGCGCUCUCGUGCUCGUGGUUGGCGCCGGCGGGCUCCGACGUGGACGCGUUCCUCGUCGCCUGCGACCCGUCCUCCGGCGGCCGCGGUCGACGCGUCUCGGCGCUGCUGCCCGCCGGGGCCGCCGCCGCCAUUUUUUCCCACGUCCUCGCCAACCUGGAGCCGCACAACAACUACACCGUGACGCUGGUGGCCGUCUCUGGGGAGCGGCACAGCGCCGCCGCCGUCCAGACCAUCGUCACCAUGAUCGAUCGGCCCCCCGAGCCGGCGCGCGAGGCGGCCCCCGCCGACAGGAGCAGCGUGGCGUUCCGCAAGGGGAUCCGCUUCAACAUCAGCUGCGACUGGUUCAGCGACGCCAACGGGGAGAUCAAGUUCUUCAGCGUCAUCGUCCACGAGUCCCAGGACACGUCGCCGGCCAAGCCGGAUCCGCGGCACUCGCUGCCGCCGUACGAGGAGUACGCGCGCAACGCCUCCGUCAAGGUGUACGCGACGCCGCCCUUCGCCAACCGCUGCCUGCGCGACCGCCUCGGGGCCUUCUCCGCGCAGAUCGGCGCCGGGCGUGCCGAUGCCGCCUGGGGCUGCGCCGACGCCGCGGGGGGGCCCUGCCACGGGGGGCCGCUGCGGCCCAACACGCCCUACCGGCUGAGCGUGAGGGCCUACACGGCGCUGCAGGACGUCCCCCGAGGUCUCGACGAGCCGCUCUUCACCGACACAUUCUUCUCCGCGCCCAUCCUCACCGCGCCAGAGGAGUUCUGGGGCCCGGUGGAGGGAACCCUCGCCGGCAUCGCCCUCUCGCUGCUGCUCGUCUCCACGGCCGCCCUCCUCUACUGGAAGCGCAAGGCCCUCGUGCCGCAAAAGCGGGACAAGCCGAUGCAGCUGAAGUCGCCGGAGAAAACGGCGGGCUCCAAGACCCAACGCAAGACCGAGAGGAGUCCCAUCUACCUGUCCGACUUUGAGAAUCACCUGCGCAAGCUGCAGGCCGACUCCAAUUACCUCCUGUCGCAGGAGUUCGAGGAUCUCAAGGACGUGGGGCGGCACCAGCCCCAAGAUGCGGCGCUCCUCCCCGAGAACCGCGGCAAGAACCGCUACAACAACGUGUUGCCCUACGACGCGACGAGGGUGAAGCUGUCCUGCUUCGACGACGACCCCAGCUCCGACUACAUCAACGCCAACUACAUCCCAGGCUGCAGCUUCCGGCGCGAGUUCGUGGCGACGCAGGGCCCCCUUCCCGGAACGAAGGACGACUUCUGGAGGAUGGUGUGGGAGCAGAACGUGCACAAUGUCGUCAUGGUGACGCAGUGCGUGGAGCGAGGGCGGGUGAAGUGCGACCACUACUGGCCGUUCGACCAGGACCCCCUGUACUACGGCGACCUCAUCGUGCAGAUGUUCUCCGAGUCUGUGCUGCCUGAGUGGACGCUCCGCGAAUUCAAGAUCUACACGGAGGACCCGUCGGAGAGCCCGCGCGUGGUGCGGCAGUUCCACUACACGGUGUGGCCGGACCACGGAGUCCCUGAGACGGCCCACUCCCUCGUGGGCUUUGUGCGCACCGUGCGCGACUACACCAACCGCAGCCCCGGCGGGGGACCCACCGCGGUGCACUGCAGUGCCGGGGUGGGCCGCACGGGAACUCUCAUCGCGCUGGACCGGCUGCUGCAGCAGAUGGACAGCGCCGGGGCGGUGGACGUCUAUGGGACGGUGCGCGACAUCAGGCAGCACCGAGUGCUCAUGGUGCAGACAGAGUGCCAGUACGUGUUUCUGCACCAGUGCGUGCUGGAGGAGCUCCGCUCCAAGAAGAGUCGCAGCCUCCUGGGCAGCGUGGGGGCUCCCGUCUACGAGAACAUCGAGCCCAGACGCCCGGCCGAUCUGAUGAUACCGGGAUUCCUGCAGUGAGACAAGACGGGCCCGCAAGGGAGGCACCCGCCACCACCACCACCACCACCUUGGCUGACCACUCACCUGACCCACCUCCACCACCGUCGCCCCCCACCACCUCUACCACCCCACCAAUGAUGCAAUUGAUGGAAUCGACGGCUAAGUGUGAAGGGGCCCGUGCCCCUGGGGUGAAGUUACAAGCGGAGUUGGCCGCAGCCGCGUAAACACUCAACGCCGAUGUAAGUUACUGUGUAUUUAUAUAUAUGUGUCAAACAACAAAGACAAAGAUCCCCCGUAUAGGCUUAACAGACAGUUGGGGCAAGUGCUGUUAACGAGCACCUAUGAAGGCCGGCACGGCACACGAGGGGGUGGGUGGCCACCACCACACCCGACUGCCUUUGUCUUCCUAGUGGCGAUGUUUACACACCGCACCAGGUACUCAUUUGAGACUCAGUCGACCUAAGGGAGGCCCAGGACUGGUUCAGAUAAUCGUCACUGGUGUUGGCCGUGAGCGGGAAUCGAACUCGGGUCGCCGGGUUCGUAGCGCAGCAUAGCGCUAACCGCUACACUAUCGCUCCCAAUACACACACACGCUCACACGUGUAUGUGUGUGUGUGUACACAUGCCACUGUUGGUCACGGUUCAGUCGAUGGCACCUUAAUAAUGCAAUUCGUGUUCAACCCAAGUGCUGGUGUAAUCGAGAGACUGCAUGAGAGACACGUGGUUCAGAUGAUGUGCAUUUUGUUCGACAGCGUAGAGACUCCCACGUGCGGGAACCCUGAGUUCAAUCCCUGGUCUGUGUUGACGAGCUGACGUCUCCAUUAUUGUCGUCAUCAGCAAUCAUUAUUCAAUUGUUCAAUCAUUAUUCAGUCGUGAUCAGUCAUCGUCAUCACUAUCAUCAUCACUGACAUCACGAUCAUCAUCAAAUUAAUCAUCAUGAAUAAUCGUUCUAGGACCAGUACACCAUCAUUGUCAUGAUCUAUUUAAAACCAUAAUUAUGAAUUACUGUCAUUGUAAUCAUCAUCAUUACCAUUGUUUACUUAAUCAUCACUUAAGCACUCAUGCCAUCAUCAUCAUCAUCAAUGUCAUCAAAUCAUCAUCAUCAUUCAGUCUUAAACAUGAUCAACCAUUAAAUGAUAUCAGUCAUCAUCCUCUGUCAUUAUUAAAUCAUCAUCGUUCAUUCAAUCAUUUCCAUCAUCACGGUCUUCACGGCUCUUUGGCAUUCAGUUGUCAACGAUAAAUAAUUAUCAAUCAUCAUCAUCAUCUCUGGGGCCAGUAAAAUAAGUUCCGGCUGAUGAGAACCCCCCCCCUCCCCCCCCCCGCUUGAUGCACGGUGGAAUACACCGACAAAGGUGGCCGCUACGUUAACCAACUCCUCGGGUCCCUGCCAUAGUACUGUGGAAUUUCCUCCAACUGCCCCCAGAAUGGAGAGCAGGGAUGAGGGCCGUGUACUGUGAGCCCUCGGAGCACGCGAGACACCGAUUCUGGCUUUGUGUGUUCAUAUUCUUUGGUUUUUUCGGUAAAGUCACGUAGGUAAAAAAUUUAAAUUAAUAAAAGUAAAAUAAAAUAAAAAUCACGACGUUUCGGAGGCAACACAAGCUUCCGUCUUCAGGUGGAACCGUCAUAGCACGAUAGCUGUAUCAGCUAUCGUGCUGUACCGAAAAAACCUAAUAAUAUGAAUCCUUGCAGUCACGAAAGCUUCAAAUCUAGAAUUUGUGUGUUCAGUUUGGUGUCCUUCCCCCGCAACCUCUGAUUAGCCACGGUCGGCUAAGUACGGUGUGAAAGAAGUUCAACACACAUACAAACGUCCGCACGUGAAAACAUUUUUUUUUUAAACACACGCGCGCUGGACGUUCAAAGAUCCAGCGGCGUCAUUCGCACGAGCUGGCCGUCGUGUGCCGGCGUCACGGGGCACCCAGUUUGCCAAAGUGUGAAACAAAUCACGGGCAAAGUUACUCAAGUCGCAUUCUACACUGAGCAGCAGCAGCAGCAGCAAAUCAUCGCCCCCCGCGCCGCCGCCGCCUCCGACGCACGAACACUUGGCAGGACCCUCCUGCAAAGAAGUCACGGGGGUGAAACGAAGCGUCACCUUUGGUGGCGUGGGUGGUGGUGUGGCACGCGCGGGGUGGUUUAACGCGGUGGUGGUGGGUGGGGUUUUUGUUAUUUUACAUCGGAGUUUUUAUUAUUGCGGGACCCUUUUUUUGCCAGCAGUUAAUCAAAAGUAUCACAAAAUAAGAAUAGAUUUUACCCUUUCUGGCAAUCGAACAGCUGUUUUACCCAGAAAGGGGUAAGAAAUUAUUCUUCUUUUUCACACCCCGGUUUUAUUGGCAGGAAGGAACAAAACCCAUUCUUAUUUUUCAUCCUUUGAUACUGGCAAAAAAAAAUGGUAUGCCAUAAUAAUGUAGCUAUCUCACCCCGAGCUAUAAACGCUCUGUAUGCGUGCAUUGUCUUUGUACUGUUUAACACGCAGUAGGAGGCUUUCGCAACAAAUAUGAUCCAUGAUUAGAGGUUUUUUGGGUUCGUUCGCGUGAAUAUAAAAUGUGUCGCGAAACAUCGAAUUGUAAAUGUUGCAGUGGGUUUACUCACUAGCACACAACCGGUGACUGCUGCACUAGUAUACUACACUAUACACUACACUACUAUACACUACUAUACACUACACUAUAAACUACACUGUACACUACACUAUACACUACACUACUAUACACUACACUACUAUACACUACACUAUAAACUACACUAUACACUACACUAUACACUACACUAUACACUACUAUACACUACACUAUACACUACACUAUUCACUACACUAUACACUACACUAUACACUACACUAUACACUACAAUAUACACUACUAUACACUACACUAUACACUACACACUAAUUUCCGUUACACUACAAUUGUAAAUGUCGAGUUUCCUCUCCAACGCAAUCGGCGUGCUGAACCGGCAACUACUUGGUACGUUUUGUUCACGUGACAAACGCAUUUACCAAUUGGCUGUGUCGGGUGGUGGCGGGUUUAACGACACAUUCACGAGAUCUAACCCCCCAAAAAAACUCUCAUGUCUUUGUUCCUGUUCGCCUUUUGGGGUUGUUCUCUGGUGUGACGCUCGUUGUGAGACUGGGCGCUAAAGAAGGCUGCUGCCUCUGGUGUAGGCCAAUCAGUUUCAAAGACAAUGCCCAUAUAGUUAUUAGUAUCAGAGCCGUGUAUGUUUGCAUUUUCACCACAAGUCCUGUGUGUGUGUGGUCAAUGCGGUAACUUAAUGUCUUGCAAAAGGUUUCUUCUAUUUGGCGAUUUGAACACUUUAACGCAACUCCUGCUGCUGCUCUAUAUAAGAACGGGAGACAGAGCAGAGCCUCACCAUUCUGGUGAAUUUCCCGAUGAUGCUGGAUGCAAUUACCAGCGAAACGUCGUACUACUCAAAGAUUGUAAAUGUUGUGGUUUCACGCUUCAACACACCAGUGGGCUAAAGCAGUGAACUAUUUGUCUUUUGUCAACGUGACACUUUUUUGCUGAUUGGCCGUGUCGGGUGGUAGAGGGUUACGACACAUUUAUAAAUAACGCGAUCUAAACCCAAAAACGUUGAUUAUGAAUAAUAUUGGUCGCGAAAGCCUGCCACGUGUUCAACUGUCCUGGUGUUGUAUCGGCACAAAGGGCAAACGCUGCGCGCUGUGACCAUGGGAGGGCGCCACAAGCUGAUGUUUUUUUUAGAACUGAUGUUUGUGUUUCGUUUGUUGCCCCCCCCCCGCACCUCCAAUGAGCACGGUCGGUUACGUACGGUGCGAAAGAAGUCCAACGUAAAUAUGGGUCUCUGUAGGUCUCUAUGGCUCUUGACGAGUCACUAGGAUUUCUGUGGGUCUAUGGGUCCCUUCCUUCCGAUAUGAGGAAUCCAUUGGGAGCUUUGCACUUUUAAAUAAUCGAGAUUGAAAACUCAUUUCUUUAGAAUUGCAAUUUGUGUUUCGUUCGGUGUCCUUCCCCCGCACCUCCGAUUAGCGCGUUUAGCUACGUACGGUGCGAAGGAAGUUCUACGUACGUACAUGAUGGUGGUGAUGGUGGUGAUGAUGGUGAUGUUGAGGAGGGACCUGCAUAAUGAAGUUGACGUUGAUGGUGGUGGUGGUGCUGUUGAUGAUGCGGCCGUCUGGAACGCUCUCUUCCUUCCGAUGUUAGGAAUCCACUGGAAGCUAUGCACUUUCAAAUCAUCGUCUAGAUUUAAAACUAAUUUCUUUAGAACUGCUUUUUGCGUUGUUUCUUUUUACUUUGUUGUAGUCCCCCCCCCCCCCCCCCACCACUGCACAUCCGAUGAGCAACGUUGGCAUAUGCGCGGCGCGAAAUACGUCCAAUGUUGUACACGACGACACAACGUGUCCCCAGCGUUUCCCUCCCCGGACGCGCGAAACAAAACGUCUCGCGGAUGAAAUCGCCCCCCCCCCCCCCCCCCCACAAUCUCCGCGACGAUGUCGCGGCUCUUCCUCGGAAUCAGAAGUCUUAAUCGUGGAGGAAUCGAUGACCUGUGGAGCUCCUUUGGUGUUGGCCCCGCACAGAUGUCCAGUAAGGCCAGGCGCCAAAGAAAGCUGUCUCUUCUUCUUGGUUCUUUCGGUAAAGUCACG